AUGUGGAACCCUCCAGUGUCUGAUGAGGAGCCCAACACCGGAUUUCCAGAGCUGGAAUUGGAGCGCUCCGAUGUAGGCUCAGCCACCAUGAAGGAGUCGCUUUAUGAUCGCAUCUGGCGCCGGGAAUUGGGGGAGGACUCCCGGUUCGCGAGUAUUCAUGGCCUUUAUGGAUCCAAGGAUUGGGUGGAAAACCUGGAUAUCGUGAACGAACUGGGUGGGCAUUCGGGCUGUGUGAAUGCCUUGAGUUGGUCGCGGUCAGGCCAGCUUCUAGCUUCGGGCUCGGACGACCAGCACCUGAACAUCUAUUCCUAUCAACCCGAUUCUUCCACCGCGCCAUUCUCCUUAAAUACCACUGUCGCGACGGGCCACAGCGCGAACAUCUUCUCGGUCAAAUUUAUGCCACACUCCAACGAUCGAACUUUGGUGACUUGCGCCGGUGAUUCCCAGGUUCGUAUUUUUGACAUCGAAUACUCCAGCAAUAGCAGCAACAGUGUCGACGCCACUUCUGCCUUUUCUGCAUCUGCACGGAGCCGAAGGUUUAACAAUUUUUUCAACAAUGCGCGCUACUUGAAUGCGGGGAAUACCAACGUCAGAGUUUAUCGCAGUCAUGCCGAUCGGGUCAAGCGGAUCGUUACCGAAUCGUCGCCCUACCUCUUUCUGACUUGCUCGGAAGAUGGUGAGGUUCGUCAAUGGGACUUGCGUCAACCAUCAUCCGCCUACCCAAAGCCACGAGGCGGCCAAGGAUACAUGGCUUUUCGACCAGGACAGGAACACGAUGACUCCAAUGUACCGCCUCCGCUGAUUUCCUACAAGAAACACCGACUCGACCUCAAUACCAUCUCAUGCUCCCCGAGCCAACCCCAUUACAUCGCGCUAGGCGGGGCCCACCUUCACUGCUUCCUGCAUGACAGGCGCAUGCUAGGUCGCGACUUGAUGACGGAGAGGGGUGAUCCGGGUGCCUCGCCUGGCAGUAGUAGUCACAGUGAACAGCUGAUGGAUCAGGCGACGCGGUGUGUGCGGAGGUUCGCCCCUAACGGUCAGCAACGAAUGAAAACGCGCGAUGACGGACAUAUCACUGCGUGUAAAAUUAGCGACGCCAACCCAAAUGAGAUGGUUGUCAGCUGGUCCGGCGAUCACAUAUAUAGUUUCGAUUUGAUUCGGAGCCCGGAUGCAAGGGAAGAUGCGUCCAAGCGCCAAUCCUCCGCCCGGACGACACCGGUCCCGCGUCGGCGCCGAGGUUCCAAGACGAGGAAGCGUAAGCGACAGAAUGGGACUUCGAUGUCCUCGCAGUCCAGCGGAAAUCAAACCAGACCUCGUCGUCGACCCAGAGAGCGUCCCGAUGAAGGCGAGCUGGCCUUCCGAGUCCGCUAUGGGAAUGGAGAGUCAGAAGACAUUCCCCUCCCGUCUCUCACGGAACACCAUGCUGAGGUCCCCCAAAGACUGCUGGAGCAGUCACGAUUGUCUGUACUUAAUGAAGCGCAGAAGCUCAGCAUGCGCAUCGCCAAAGACAUGGUCAAGCUCCGUAAAGCAAUGUUUUCACUGGAGACGUCCUUGCGCGAGGAAUAUGAAACCUCCAAUCAAGCUGACCUGACACCGUUCACCGAGUCCUUUUCGACUGUACUAACCCUUGCUUCCAUCUGUCUCCCGCAGAUGGAUGAGAUAAUGCGUACCUGGCGAUACCCUGUCAACCCUACUCCCGAUAUUGUGCGCUUCCAGCAAACCUUGCGUCGAAACCGACAGACCUCCUGGCGGUUCAUUCAAGCUGCAGGCACAGUCGCACGAGUUCUAGGGGGUGAAGUCCAAUACACCCCUGGAGAUGUAGAUCGUGACAUGGAACCUUUUCAACAGAUACACUCGCCCCCGCUCGAACGCACGGUCGAUCAUAAGGAGCAGUUUGGUUACGACUUCAUCAAGGCUAUACUUCUCUUUGUGGAGGGUGGUCGGCAGGCUCUUUUGGCAGGGUUCAAGAAAGAUGCAGCGUCCCGAGGGAACCUGUCUAGGUUUCCGAUAGCCGAGAAUGCGGAUGAAGAUGCGAUUGAGUCCGUCUUGAUUCCCUACCUGCAGAGACUGGCCGGGGACGUACCUGUUGUCAACGUGGACGCCUCGCGUUUUGAACAUGAUGACGCUCGUAUUCUCUUUCCAACGCAGCGCCACGCCGUGGCCGCCUUUGCAAAUGUUGUCAAAUAUCCAGUUGAAAACCUCGUAGAUACGGACCCCACCAUGCGCAAUGGGACAUCAACUGAACCCUCUAGCCGUACCCACGACUUGUUUCUGUUAACUCAUUACUGGGUCUUCAAGGUGGUCCGUGGUGUCCUUCUGGAGACCGGAACCGGAGUAGAUUAUGCCUUUCUCAACCGGGCUUUUGGAGGCUUCCGAACGAGGGUGGAAAGUGACUCCGAAUCCGAAGUGGAGCCCGAGAGAUCCCAAAACGAUCUCGAAGCUAAUGUUGAAGAAGAGCCCAUCCGUGAUGUCAAUUUGAAGAUACUUCGGAGGUCGCAUCUUGCCACUCGGGAGAGCUCGGAGGUAGAGACAGGCGAGUCAACGGGAAUCCAGACCCCGUUGUCCGAUGAUGACGGCGAAGAAGAAGACGCUUUGGCAUUGCCAGAUAUCGAUGAUGACAGUGAGAAUGAGGUCGGCCUCCCCAUUGAAGAGGAGGAGGACGAAGACGAAGAUGAGGAAGAUGAAGAUGAAGAUGAUGAAGAAGAAGAGCUCGAUCUAGACCUGAGCAGUUCUGCCGAUGACAGUGACGACUCCGAGGCCGCCGAUCAUAUAUUCAGGGAGUAUGGCCUUCAGCCCCGAGAAAGGGAGUACGUGGACGUUGAUGUUCCCUGUUCCUCGCAUACCCGAGUCUAUAUGGGCCACUGCAACAUCAAGACCGUCAAGGACGUCAAUUACUUUGGACUGGACGACGAGUACGUAGUGAGCGGCAGCGACUCUGGCCACAUUUUCAUUUGGGACCGGAAAACCUGCAAGCUAGUCAACAUCCUCGAGGGUGAUAGUGAAGUAGUCAAUGUUGUGCAAGGUCACCCGUAUGAACCUACCAUUGCAGCCUCGGGAAUCGACAACACCAUUAAGGUCUUCUCAUCCGACCGACGUGCUCAGGAAGAUGCUCGGCGUGGUAUCAACAUCUUGGAUCCUGACAACCCGGCCAACACGCUUGAAUUUGGACCGAAUGUCAGCACCAUCGGUGGUCUGGGGAGUCGCAAGCGCUUGCAUGAUAGUUAUCGGAUCAUGAGCCAGAACGAUGUAGACCGACAAGGCGGAAUGAGCGAAGCAUACAUUACUAGGCACAUGCUGGCCCGCCUGGCGGCAACCUUGCGAGACCAACGGCACGGUGUAACGGUGGGCGAAGGAGGCGAACAUGCUACGCUUGUUUUGGAUGAUAACAGCUGCAAUGUGAUGUGA